AUGGGAUCUGGGAAAUCAGUGCAACUCCAGGAGCAUCUCCAACGAUGGGAUGACCUUUUGAAUGAAAUGGUGGCAUUUUCAGCCAAUAACAGACGAACGAUCGAUCAGGACCGUAUUCACGGCGACGCAACUCGUGUGUCCGAGCGCGAGGAAGACGCUUCAGAGCAGGAUGUCCGUCGACACUCAUCGCUGGUUUCUUUUCCUCUGGAUGUUGCUGUUAAUAUGAAUGGAGUUAGUGGCACUUUACCCAUAGAUGGUACUGUGGGUUCGAAUGGUCCCAAUCGUUCGCGACUUACACCGUCUGCUAUGGAAGCUAAAGCCCACGGGUUCGGUGCGGCGAAUGCAGGGGGAGCCACGGGUACGACUGGGAAUCCGUCAAAGCACAAUCGACAGUACUCACUUGAGGUAAAGCGAGCGCGCGUGAAGUUAUUCAAGAGCUACGAAAUCGACGACGCGGAGAGUCUGAAGGAUGUGAUGCCGUGCAGCCACUUUGGGGCCCUGGCCGUUGGGCUGAGCUACCUUCUCGGGGGCAGUAAAGACUGCAGUGACCGCCGGCAGCGCGUCACCGUCGAGGAUAUCUUCUUCGCCGCGCAAGUGCCACUACAUCUUCUUUACAGUGGUCCACCCCAUCUCCCGGUCAUGACGGACAUCGUGCGCGAGUUUUUCGAUGUUGACAACCGCUUCAAAGGGGUCUACAGCUUAGAGACGUUGCAUCUUGAUGUGCUUCCCACGGUGGGACAGGUCGAGCUGGGGUCAAAUAAUGUUUGUGAUCGCCAAACCCGCAUGCAGCUGCCUGAAUUUAGACGACUUAUUACACAGGACUGCGAGGAGGAGACGGAUGCCAUUCGAAUUGUUAACUACGACCCGUACGUUCUCGAACAAGAAAUGCUGGUGGAUGCUUACGAUGAUGAGGAUGAAAUCAACUCGCCACUCGCCACUUCCGUGCUGGGGAACUCACGGCAGCAGCAGCACCAGCGUAUCUACACACAAAAGGAUUUAGGAGCCUACGCCGUCAUAGUGGAUGUGCGCAACGCGGUUCAAUUGAUGGUAACCAUUGCAGAAGGGGUUGUAAAUAACUCCCUGCAUGUGAAGCUGACGGAGGUUCCGGCAUCGUCGCUUUUCAAGGCGAUGAUGGCUUCUAAGGAGGGCCGCCGUGCGCGUGGUUUCAUUCGACUAUUUAAGAAGGACUGCGUUCCGGAGUUCACCAGCGAUGAAAUCCGGCUUCUAUGGACGCCGGAGCUAUGCAGUGGUAAGGUACUCGGCACAACGCAGCUCGGCACACACGCGCUUAUCGUCUCGCAUCAGAUCAGCCCUCAUAUUGCCGCAGUAGCCUGGGCUAUGCACCUGCUGGGCGGCGUGCGUCCUGGGACCCAUGGCCACGGCAACGGUCUUCCCGUAUCGGAUAUUAUUCGGGUCAUGAAGUUCCCGUCAAUGGUGUUCUUGAAUGGCUUCCUACGUCUGGAGCAGGUGUACGAGUACGCAGUAGAAUACAUUAAACGUACAAAUCGGCCAUAUGGGGCGAACUUGUUUCCAGUGCUUACCAAAAUAUCGCGUGAAGACGCUGUACCAACGAUUUCGAUCUUCGAUUUGGAGUCUAUUAUCAUUGACGUCAAGGAUGCCAACCAAGAUCUCGAGGCCCCGGCGUAUGUGAUGCUUAUCAUGUACAACGCCGGUGUUGCACACAAUGUACUCAACAUUGCGGAAGGAAUGCAAUGGUGUUUGCUGGCUGGCUAUGACCAGGAGACACAAACGGUUCUACUUAUUGAUGCUUAUCCCACGACUUUCUCUCGCACCUGGACCUGCCUACUGGACCGUCUACACAUGGCCAUGACGGGAAACGGCUACAUGAUCUUCUAUAAAGAGUCUGCUCGGGUGAGUAAUCGCACCGUCGGCGCGCCGCGAGAGGUCGCGCCGACGGUGCAGUUCUGUCUACAAUUAUUGUCGCAGCAACACAAGCCGGAUUUCCAGAACUUGACGCCUAUUGUAGAUAGCUUUAACUUUCCGAGCCUUCCGUUGAUGCCAACGAUCAUUGCUAUGGCUUGCUGCCGCCUUGGAUGGUUUACUACCUUUGAAGAUGUUAUCCAUACUCUUCCCUUUGACAUAUCUUCGUUGCUUAUUCGUCUCUUUAUGUUGGAGACUGUACACGUUUGUUUGACACAGUAUCUUCGAUUUAGUGGUUUGGAUGGUGAUGUCCAAGUCACCGUACGACAUGGUGACUUGGACGCAGAUGGACAAGCACAGUUUAGUCUUCAAGAAUUUAAGAGCUUGAUUGAGACCUCGCUCGAGGAUGGAAAUAAUCAGGUUCUUAUUGUAGACUUUGAUGGCUCUUGCAUUCAUGUGAAUGGUACUUCGAAUCCCUUUGGAAACCUUGGGAUUGUGGUUGAUAUGAUUGCGGCGACAGGAACUGUUGUGGUAUCGGAUUGCAAUCCAAACGUCUACGAGCGUACUUGGUCAGUUCACCUUUCGACCCUUUACAACGCGAUUAAAGACACACCUCAAACAUGCAAACACCGUGCCCGCGGCUGUCUUCUUGUAUCUCGUCGUCAAGAUCAACAGUGCAACUUCAAACCGGAGCAGUGCGCAGACUUCAAGCUCGAGCUACUGCCCGUACAAAACGCUUUUCACGUAAGCCCCAGUUCUCAUUUCCAAGGCUUAUCAUUUGCUUUCUCUCAGAUCGGUUGCUUUUACAGUCCAGAAGAGAUCUUUUAUGAGGCUUACCUUAAAACCAUGAACGACCAGCGCCGACGUGGUAGCCAGGCGUUCGCCUGGCGCGAUGUCGAGAUAUCCCUGUCUGUGAUCAACAAGGAGGUUGACGUGCAUUUAAUGGUGCAGGUGUCUCGUCUUUUCCUGAAGUCACGAAAGUUUAGUGCGGUAGCGGUAAAUAAAGGAGAAAGUGAUUCCACUGGAGACGCUGACAUUGUUGUAGAUGCCAUUGACGAUUUAGACAUCGAUGACGAAUUAGACAAGCUGCUGAGGGAGGCCACACACACUAAGAAGGCCGUUUUACUCCUUAACUACAACAUUUUAAAGGCACAUGGUAUCGCAAACAUGGGCAGCAGUACUGCCUUGGUACGGUCCUACAACCCUGACAAGCGAUUGGUAGAACUAUGGAACGCUGAGUACGCAGUAUUCGGUCUGUCUUUUGUCGUCACGGUUAACCAGUUAAUUGAAAUAGGAGAGUUGAAUAGUGAGGGGCGCAGCCCGUAUGGCUUUGUGAGGCUAUCGCGAUACCCCAGUGCAGUGCGAUUGAAGAGACGACCUUCUCUCAUGAAAGCACCUCGAACGCUAGAGGAAGAGGCCGAGCAGGAAGCCUCAACCAAUCAUUCUCAGGACAUCGACAAGUAA